ACAAGGCAACCGAUCGUAACGGGGACGAGUGUUUUGGCUAUCAAGUACAAGGACGGUAUCAUGAUGGCAGCGGACAAUCUUGCGUCGUACGGCUCUCUUGCCAGAUUUAAAGAUAUCCAACGUCUUCAUGCCGUAGGCAGUAACACCGUUAUUGGCGCUGGUGGAGACAUGUCCGACUUCCAAUACAUCCAAAACAUGCUAGACGAGCUUAUGAUUGAUGAAUUCACUGCACAAGACGGACACGCUCUUGGCCCCGCAGAGAUCCACGAAUAUCUCGCCCAGGUCUUAUACGCUAGACGGACGAAGAUGAACCCGCUGUGGAACUCGAUCCUUGUUGGGGGCUUUAAAGAUGGACAGCGGUUCUUGGCUUAUGUCGACCUGUUGGGAACGACGUACUCCGCGUCGACACUGGCUACAGGUUAUGGAUCAUACAUCGCUCAGCCCUUGCUGAGAAAAGCCGUCGAGGGACGAGAAGACGUCCUUACAGAGGCUGAGGCGCUAGAGAUCAUCGAGACGAGCAUGAGGGUAUUGUAUUAUCGAGAUGCUAGGAGCUUGAAUAAAUUUCAAGUCGCGACCAUUACAGCAGAGGGCGCGAAGAUUUUAGAAUCAAAGAGCCUCGAUACGUCAUGGUCAUUCGCAGAGGGCAUCAGAGGCUAUGGCGCCCAAACGCAAUGA